AGCACUGUAUUAUUAUAAAUAUAUAAAUAUAAGCAUGAAACCUUAACAUUGCUUAAAGUAAAUUAUAUCACAACAAAUCAUAUUAACUAUUAAACCAAUAAUUAAAUUUGAUAAUAAGAUAAACUAUGUGACCAACUCAGUAUUGUGAUAUAAACAUUGACAUUGUCUACGAUAUGCCCGGGGUUUCAAAGUUUGGGUUUGCCGCCCUGCGACCGAAAACAAAAGCCAUGUAUACAGGAUUUCUACUGGCUUUUAUUGUUGGAGUUUUAGAGGCAGAUUUUAUAAGAAACCCAUCAAGCACAUGGUAUGAUGGGUACAUAAAAUGUCGACAAAGUGGUCUGGACAUGGCUACGUGGUGGGAUGUAACGCCUGACAUGAACAUAACAUAUCCCAUCUGGUUCAACGGCUUUGAAGUGCGAGUCAACUACCUAGACAGAUUCUUUGAUCUCGCUAAAUUGCCGAAAAAUAAAAUCGCUUAUGUUCGUUGUAUGAAUAGCACAUCGUUUGCUAACGACGUAAGAAUGACGUUUGAGGAAGGACGCAGAUAUUGCCAGAAUCAACCCAGUGGAUCGCAUAUGGAUGUUCCGUUAGUUAAUCACACCAACCUGCACUUGUUUGGUUUUUCUAUAAUCACUUGGUAUUGGAUACAGGCUGUAGAAAUCGGACAAUUUCUAAAUUCGGAAGACCUGACAGUGUAUUGUUUUGUGCUCAUUGGCUUUGACCGUGUGCGAAAAGACAACUGUACCAAACAUUAUUCAUCCAUCUGUAUAAAUGAAACUGUUCACGACGCUAUACGGUACGUCGGACAAGAGUCGUUGACGCCAAACUACGGUCCGACGUCAUCAAGCACAACCAUGCCAUCAUCAGUGGUUACUUCAGAGUUUAUGACGUCACUAGUUACAUCGGAAACUUACCUUGGCGUUGAUGUAGCCACUAGCACAUUAAACACAUCGUUUCAUUUGAACGAUUCAACCAGCGACCCUAAAACCGACGAAGAUGUUAAGACAUCGUCCAUUAGUAUAUGGAUGGCAACAACUCUUGGCCCAUGUCUGCUUGUACCUACCGUCAUCGUCGCGUAUAUGUGUCUCAAGAGGAAACACGGGAACAACACUCGAACUACCUUUCAACACCAUCGAAUGUUCCGCAGGGUCAUGGCGACAACAUCGCUAAUUAUGAUGUCAUUCCCGACGAUAUAACAGAGCGUGAGGCAACACCAUACACCCGUUUUGUUGAGAUGCAUCUAGUUGGCUGGCUUUGAUAUAUGACAGAAAAGCAUCUGUAUACUUCCUUGGUGGGACGCAGCUUCAUGUCAACAGAAACGUCUCAUGUAAUUGGUCGCAUAGCUGGGAGCGAUGUACCAGUUGAGGCACAGUUCGAACGACAAGAGAACAAUAACGACGAACCGGAAAAUGACGAUCCAGGGGACACAAAUUACGAUGAUGUCGAAAUAUCGGAAAAAGAUGGUCCAGGACAGACAAACCCCGAAUCCGAGGACAUAGUGUCGUAUUUUUUUGUUAAAUAAGGUUGGAACGAACUACGCUUGAGAGAUCAAACUUAUCAAGAUUGAAUCCAUUGAAGCUCACUCCCCACGACGGUCAACCAUCCUCUUUAAAUUAAAAACAAACUUGAACCUGAAAUCGACCACAUAAUGGAAAUACUUGACCAUGUUAACCCGCAUAAUUCUUUUACCUAAAAUAUUUCCUUCAUAAAUAUGUUUGAUAUAUAACAUGUAUUUCUCAUUAUUAGCCUGUCAUAUAAUGUAUGUGUGUUUUGUAAAUAUUCAAAAUAUAUCUAUAUUUUUCUUUUCUCAUACAUAUAUUUUGUAUCGAUUGUUGUUGCCAGGUUUCUCUUUAAACGUGAUAAUUAAGUUAAUUAUAAAUAAAUAUUCCUAAACUCGCAUUUUACGUAAAUGUGAUAUAUUUAAUUCACUUAACCAUGUUAUCUAAAAUAUUUACUUCAUCAAUAUAUGUGAUAUAUAACAUGUAUUAAUCAUUAUUAGCUGGUCAUAUGUGUAUGUGUUAUGUGUGUAUCGGAAGCAUGGGUAACUAUUGCCUUUUGUUUGUCACAUAGAUCUAUCUAUCUAUCUUGCAUGUUGUCCACAACAACCAAGGUUCAGACUUAGUUCAUACUAUGAUUAAAAUCAUUUCAAGAUUAGACCAAGACCAUAUAAUGUAGUGCCUUAAAGAGGGGGAAAGGCAGGUUUUCCCUAUGCAUAAACCUUGGCUUGUAUUUUCGCUUAGUUGAAAACUACAACAAAGUUGGAAACUUAAAACUAUUACACCAAGGUUUUAUUUUUCUAACAUUGCAUGGACAGCACCGUUAAUAAUGUAUUCAAGAAGCAUUUUGACAGAACAAUAAGGUAAGGAUUUCGAAACUUUUAACAUAGAAUUAAUGAUCAUAUUUGAGAAAAUACGUCAAAGAUAUUGUUUUACUUCCAUUAAGUUCCAUUAGAUUAGUAAAUCACAAGUUGUGUGUAUUUUUUAAUGACAUUCUUACCGUUGUCUAGAUUUGGCAAAAUGUCAUUUGCAGCACAGUUGUUAUCUUAUUUCUGGUUAAUUGCACUGGCCGAAAGCCACUAGUUUCCUCAACAAAUAUUAAUAUUGGCGUAAUACAUGUAAAAUAUAAGACGUUUGACAAACAUGGGUUUUUAUUUCAUUUCGAUUACUUUUUGUUUGAUCUGUAUCGCUUUUUGUAGUUUCAGAAAGUUUACUUAAUUCCUUUUUGAAGUUGACUUGCACUGCUAAGAAAGUAUUUGAAGAACAGUUACCCUUAUUAAGAGCAAAUUAAUCCUUAACUCCCUGUAAUGAAAGCCCGUCGUCACAGUAACGCUUAAAAGUAUUUUUCCAAAACAAAUAGCAAACGAUAAAAAUAAACAAUAACAUAUGACUUUAUAUUAAGUAAUCUACACCAUAAGCAUUUUUACGUCCAACAUACUUACAGAAUUAUCCAGUUUUCUGUUGUUUUAUAAUUUAAUGAACGUAUUUCUGCGGAUAUUUAAUUUGAGGGAUAACAUCAUACAUAAAUUUAUUUUGUGAUUACUUUCUUUUUAAGUGUUUGUUGUUGUUGUUAAUUUCAAAAUACUUUUCAGCGUUAUAUUGUAGCAUUUAAAGUAAAAAUUUCAUUUGUCACAUUUCUUUUCUUUGAUAUACAUGUAUAAACGAAAAAAAUUCAAUACAAAAAUCUAUGGAUUACAAAUUUAGUUGUAAACAAUAAGUGACGUAGUGAACAGGACACGUGUUAUGCUUAUCAUUUUAAUAUUUUUUAUUGUGGUAGAAAAGUCUCUUGGCUGAACAAUGGUUAAAUGUUAGUUAUAAAUCAACACGUACUGUUUAGCAAGAUAUGUAAAUAACAGUCUGUAUAAAAUGUGUUAACAGGCAUUCGAACAUCCUGUCUUUAAUUGUAUUUUUAACGGGUAAUAAAUGUUUAUUUUGGU